GCAGUUACAUGAAAAAUUACGUGGAUGCGUCUUUUAGUUAUGUUUCAAAUUUAGACUCAGACAGUUCAAGUUUUUAUCCGGCAAAAUGUUACCCAUUGCUCUGUUAUGCGUAUUGGCCAUUUUCUUCCCAGUUUCGCAAGGGAAUAAGGUUGAAGAUCUUUCAGAAAAAGAAGGUAAUGAAAUUGAUCUCUUAAUGUUAUUGGCUAAGGUUUUGAAACAAUUUAAAGGUAAAUCAGAAAUUAUCUGUUCUUUAGCCAAAUUUUUCAAAUUGUGAUCUAUACCUCAGCAAAUCUUAGUGGUAAAAUAUUUUUAUCCUAUUUUCAUUUUCCUGUUCUAAACUUUAUUUCAAAAUGGAGACAAUUAAGUAUGACGCAAAGAUUUCAAUUCCUGGUGAUGCAGAAUACAUGAUUGGCUUGAUAAAUGUAUGUUUUGUCUUUGCCAAGCAAAUCGUCAGCUAUAAUUUGGUUUUAUUGAAGUUCUUCGCUAUAACGAAGGGCUAAUGCUCCAAACGUCAUUAGCUUUCAAAACUCUCCAUGGUGGAUAAUUUCCUUUCUCAACUCGGUUGGCAAAGCCACAUUAUCUUGUUAUACUCCCCAACGACGUAGCUCCACAGUUUUUUUAAAAGACUUACCCCACUUAAAUCAUCAGGGACUCUUAGCGAACUCGUCAAACUUGGCGCUUGAAGUCGCACUAGCGUCAGAAAAGGUGGCAAUCUAGUCUAAUCUGGUGUAAAAUGUUAAGAGUUCAUGACGCUCGGCUGGCGUUAGGUAGUGCUCCUUUUUCACUUGAUUCAAGUUGUUCAACGGCUUUUUACAGUAUUGGGAAUCCUUCAGUUGGUGUAGAGUGGGAAUUGGGUGCCAUCUUUUUUACGCUAGCAGGACCUUAAACGCUGUUUGACGAGGAAUCCUAUACAUCAGGCUAGUCUAAUAUUAUACCUUGUAAACGUUUUAAACAUUUUCGUCUGAUUUUUUGACAGAGCCCUUUUUUUUUACAAAAAAUUUGAAAAAACCAUGUUGAAGUAAAUAGUACUGAUCAAAAUAUGACAUAAAUACUCAUUGGUUUAACAUAAUGUAAACUAAAUUAUCUGAUACCAAGACAUUCUCUAGACAAGCAAUUCAUUGAAUCGUAAUAUAAAAGUAAACUUCAUAAUCAGUAGAGUUCUAUUUUUGAAUGCCGAAAUUAAUUUUCAAGAUGCAGCAGGUUUAUUGAUAAAUCUUUCCUUUUUUAAUUUAAAAAACAAACAAAAAAGAGUGUAAACAUGAAGAGGUGGUUUUAUAGGUGGCUUGCAUGGUCACGUGUGGUUAGGCAUAUCAAGUUUUAAAUUUCUUAUGGAUGUUCCAUUUUCAUUUUGAAUGUCAUUUAGAUGUCUCUAAAGAUGACUUGAUGCUAUUAAAGGAAUUCAAAUUGAGAGAAAAAAGAGGAGGUGGGUUUAUUUUUGUUAGUUUUCGAAUGGUAUGUCAAACCCUGUCAGUUAAAAAAGAGUUCACGUUCCUGUACGAGUUUUCAUGCAUCCGAAGGUAGAUUCCAGAGCUGCGUAGUUUUUUGCGUACAUAAAACGUGCGUAAGUAAAGCGUGCGUAAAGAAAGCGUACGUUAAAGGAAAAUCAAUUUACGCGCGAAAAAUGCGGGCUCAUGCGUCAAAGUGGAAGGCUGUUCACCUUUCUCUACACUUGCGCGAUUGCGGCAUGCACGUGAAAACCUUGAAAAAACGUGCAAGUGGAAAUAUAACAACAAUUUCUUACCUAUUUACGUGGAUAGACAAAAACGUGACAGUGGAAAUCCAGCUUAAGUCCGUCUGCGCAAGCGUGAACGAGAAACCGUGAACGAGAAACACGUGCACACAUCGUAUACGUGUGGCAUGCCUGUGCAUUCAGUUUAAGUUUUUGGCAGCAGAAGUUAAAAAACAUAUAUAUAUAUAUAUAUAUAUAUAUAUAUAUAUAUAUAUAUAUAUAUAUAUAUAUAUAUAUCUUUACAGUGCCCAUUACAUAACGUUUAACAGUGUUUCUCUAAUGUAAGUCAUUAUCAUUGAAUUCAUUUUUAGUUUGUAAGGACGAAAGCGCAUACUGUGAUUCAUAUAAGAGUUACUGUAACGACCCGUUGUACAAAGAUUAUCUGAAGGAAAACUGCAAAAAGACCUGUAACUUGUGUGGUAAGAUUUUAAUGUUCUGCCGAAGGAGGGAGGGGAGGGUAAAGUUUAAACAAACGGUAUAUUUUCUUCUUUACCUGUAGAUAGAACCUUUGGAUCAAUGCCAGUAUCUAUGUAACUGCCCACAUACCCCUUCCCUAACCCAAAAACAGUCAACAGAUAACAAGUUAGGGUUAAUGUUGUUCAGAUACUGACAUAAUCGAACCUUAUGGAAAACAAAUUAGUAAAUCCCUGAACCCAAUUUGACUGCCAAGAGAUACAAAUUUCAAACAGUAGCAAGUUUCCGAUAAUUCCUUUCAACAGAUUUAUCCCCUCAGGAUUUCUCUUAUCAACAAUAUGAAAACUUUAACGGUUUUUGUUUUCCAUAUUUCAUUUCUUCGCUUACAAAAAAGAUUCAUCGAUAGCCCAUGUAUAGGGUUUUAACUCCUAAAAUAACAGAUAUAACCUCUUGUUCGAGAUUCUGAGAAUCCUUGUCUUUAAAACAUGGACAAAUAUUUCUUGCCCUUGGUCGUAACAUCAACUUGACAAUUCGUUGAUGGUCAUACUUCAACAUUUACAUUUAUUCUCGACUUCUGGAAGGUUCAUGUCUAACUUUUGUACGCGUUGCUGGCCUACUUUUUAGUUAGAAAAAUGGACUACAAAGUUAGUCGACAAAACUGACGUCUGAGUAAGGUGGGGUUUGGGUAAAUAUGAAACAAAAGUAAGAAAGAAUGACAAAACAACGAUUCCCAAACGUACCUUGAAAACCUAAAUCACAUCCAAAUCAUCCUAAAAAUCAAUGAUAUAUUAUUACUUACGAUCAGGCUUGUUGGAGGAACUAAGAGAAUUUCAAUCCAUUUUAGGAAAAGAAUGCGCUGACUUGAUGGACUGCGAAGUAUACAAAAACUAUUGCGAUCAUAAAGACUACAGUAAAUCAUUGAAAUAUUAUUGUAGAGUAAGUUGCGGUUUUUGUAAAGGUAACUACCUCAUACUAAUUUAUUAAUUAAACUCUUAUGUCUUUGGAUUUAUCCGUAUCUUCUACACUUUUAUCAUUUGUUUUUCCUUUUGCUCUCAUCCUUCGGUUUUUUCCUUUUUAUAAAACCAUUUACUUAUAGUUUGUGCGUCCCUCUGCCCAGCUUUUGCUACGUUCCUUUAGUUCUUCUCUGCUUCAUUCCGUCAUUCCCUCUUUCCCUUGUUUCGUGGUUCCUCUACUUCAUUGUUCUUAAAUCACAUCAUACCCUCCUGUCUUUUUCUUCGUCUUUUGUUUCUCACUGUCGAUAAUACUUCAAAAACGUUUCCCUCCCAUUUUUUAACUUAUCGCUCGACGCGGCUGAAUGUCUCGUUUAGAGCUAGCAACUGAUCCUUUCUAUAAAAUCGCUCUUUUUUAGUUCCAACACCCGCCCCGCCAGCAACAACUCGUCCACGGACGGACCAACCAAUUGAUCAAGGUGAGCUGGAGCCUGGUACCGAGUCUUAUAAAAAAGCAUCCGUUACGUAUUCAGUUGUUUUUCCAUGGUUUACUUGAAGUCCAAAUCUCAAAAAAUAAAUUGAUUAUCGGGUAACGAAUCAGCCCUCUCGUUUGUAUUUACUGAUCUAUUUUUAUUUACCAUUUAUUUGUUUAUUUUGAAUUUUCUUCCUCUCAAAACUUUUAACAUCUUGAUCUAUUCUUCCCAUGCUUAUCAAAUUAACGCGCAUGCGCAGAACUUUCGUUUGUCAGGAUGCAGCUGAAAAAGAUCAUGGUUUUAAAGUCAUAGUCAAUAACCGUAGUUGUUCGUAUUUUCCCUCUCUGUCAGGGAAUAACUGAAUGAUAAUCCCACACCUUUUUACACUCAGGGAAUGUCGAGUGCGGCACAAGGAACUUAGGAAACAGAAUAGUUGGGGGCACUAAUGCUAAACCAGGGGCUUGGCCGUGGCAAGUAACAAUGGACUAUAAGGGACAUGCUGAGAAACCCCACUGGUGCGGAGGCUCAAUUGUGUCGCCUCAGUGGGUUGUGUCAGCGGCUCACUGUUUCGCGUAUGGCGAUGAUCCAAAUCAGUAUACUAUUGUAGCAGGUAUUUUGCAGAACUUGUUUCAGUUCAGACCUGUUCUGUAGGAGUUGCAGUUCAGGCUGUCACAGAAUGGUCUGAGGGCUGGCAGAGAGUUAAAAAGCAGACAGUCAAUUUCGCGUUAAAAACGACAUCUCAUAUAUAGCUAGUGUGUUUGAAAUCAAUGCAUUAUCAAAAGAACCCUAUGACAUUCUAAAAACCUGCGACUACUCCUUGUUACGCAGAGGGAUUUUUUCAAAGGCUACUAAGAUUUGAUACAGAAGUACUCUCCUUACCUCUAAAAUAGUACAACACUCAAAAGAUUGAAUUCUUUUAUCCUCAGUGGCUUCUUACCCUUAAGGUUUUAACUGAACCAGUUACAAAUAGUGUUUACAGAAAGUUGUGAGCCAACAUUUCGCCGGAAGUCAUACUCUAUAGCAAGCUUGCGCGAAAACAAGCUAACAUUGGAGUUGUGACAUUGUCACGGAAAUUAUUCGACCUAUCUCGAGUUUGCCAAGGGUCACUCGUUUCGUUAAACUUGCAAGGUUAAAACCGAGGCAUUGAGGUUCGAACAUUUCACGAAAAAUUAUCGACAUUUUUCCAACUUUGCUGAGAGUCGCUAAUUCGUCAAGCUUACAGAGUAACAUCCAUCAAUUCGGAGUACAAAGAUUUCGCGAAAACUUCUCGACCGUUUCCGUUGUUUCUGAACAGGGGAUCAUGAUCUGAACGGGAAAGAGGGAUAUGAGCAAAAUAUUCCAAUCGAAAAAAUCAUCAAGCAUCCGAGCUACGCUCCGCAUCAAAACGAGGACUACGACUUGGCUCUUAUUAAGCUCCAGUCUCCACUCACUUACAAUAGACGCGUGAGGCCUGUGUGCUUGCCUAAGUUUGACUUUGGCGUUGGAACCCAAUGUUUCGUCACAGGCUGGGGCCAUACGAAAGAGGGAGGGGACAUCCCGCAGGUAAGUGGAACUUGAUAUGAAGAGAAAUUCUCAUAAUGUAUUUUAAAGAUUUCUUCAGGGACGCCAUUGAGAAUUGAGUUUUUUUAUCAUGAAGAUCAUAUCAUCCUCAUCUAGUAGAUGAUAUAAACUAAUGGGGCUUUUUUCUUUCUAGGAGAGGGCGAUGAAUAUUCCACUUGCGUAGUAUUAGGCUAUCUACGAAAAGUUUUUGCAGAAAAAAUAGCCAAAUUUGUCUAUUUUGUUUUACAUUUUUAAGUAAUAAGCUUAUUUCCAAAUAUUUAGUUUACUACCCAGCUUAUAAGUAACUACUUCAAAUACGAAAUUUUUUAAUUCACCUUCCCUUCCCCCUUUGUUCAGUGUCCUUAAGCAAGACUACUCAAUCUCCCCCCCCUUCCUUCCCCUCCCCAAGAAUAGAAAUGGGUAGCGAUAAAAUGUUAAAGAGGCUUGAAGAGGUAAUUGAACUUUAUGUCGUGCAAAUUUGUUCUAAAAUCGUACUUGUAAUUUCAAAUUAAACUCGCGCCGCGGUUUCCUUCGAUUUUGAAACCAUUUGUAUGAUUUAAGACUUACCUGCCCUCCACUCAGUUCAGUUACCUUUAUCUAUCCCCCCCUGCUCCCCCCUUACUAAUGAGGCCGGCCAAAUGCCCCUCUAUAGCAUCUAGUGUAUUGGUAAGGUAUGACAUAUUUGGCUGUUUGGUACAACAGAUUCUACAACAAGCUAAAGUACCUCUAAUCUCAAGAGACUCUUGCCAAUCCGCCUAUCAAGACUUGGGCUACACUAUUUCACCGCGCAUGCGCUGUGCAGGGUACGUCAAAGGAGGGAUUGACGCUUGCCAAGGAGAUAGUGGAGGACCGCUGGUGUGCUCUAAGAAUAAGAAGUGGUAUUUGAUAGGCGCUGUGAGCUGGGGAAUAGGUUGCGCGCGCAAGGGUCGAUACGGUGUGUACGCUGACAUGACGGAUCUGAAGUACUGGGUGCAAGACACAAUCAAUAAGAACUGACAUAUCUGAAGGUUUCCAGAAGUAGCAGUUGUUACAGAUAUUUAAAUGAGUUGAGCCACUGCUUACGUGAAACCAAAUUGAUUUACUCUUAGAACCACGUAAGUGUUACCUACUCCUGUCAGAGAAAUAAAAGGUGAUACAAUGUGUGUUUGAUUGAUUGACUUCUUCAUUGCUUAAUGAGG